AUGGCAAGUCGUGAUAAAACAUUCUCAUACCGCAUCGGUGGUCGCGUGGGUAAACAAGGGCCGCGUCCCCCAGUAGGGAACCAGGUUGAGGUUGAAAAAUCCACUACUGGCACAAACUCUUCCCAUCAUGCACCUGAGGAUUUCCUCACUGAGGGCACCCCUCAAUUGGCCCUCAUGCGGCACAAUCGCACAAUUCUUCUAAACCCAGUAGACAAAAAUGGUCUAGGGAAGAGUACAAAGGAGACAUGGAAGCUUUCAAUAAACUGCUUCCCGCUAUUACUCAAGGCACCUACCUACAAGUGGUGUGCCAAUAACCCCACCAAGAAGCUUAACUUAAAUGUCAACAAACUGGCAAAUGUCCGUCGUGACAUGGUCAGUAGAGAAAGACUAACCAAAAUGAAGCUGCCUGCCAUCCAGCUAAGUGUGAAGCAGAGAGUUGAAAAUACUACACCUUAUACGAGGGAUGCGAAUGCAGUGCCAGAGGAACAAAAUGCAAAUAACAAUCAAGAAAUUGACAAAAAUAGUGAAUCUGAUGUGCAAGAACCACUGAGCAUCGAUACACAAGAUGAGACUGUGGGCAUCAUUGAAGAAAGUAUUCGUCAGAGAUAUAAAAUAGCCAAGGAAACCCCAAUAAGUCAGAGGUCUCCAUUUCCAAAAAUAAAAAAUGAGUGACACGCAAACUCAGCCAUUGAAACAGCAAACAAAGCCAUAUUAAGCUAUCAACCAGAUAAAAGACCAAUUUCUCUCACAGACAUCAACCAACUUGUGUAUGCAACUUCCACUACAGUUAAAGAAUCACUGGGCAAAAAAACAAAAAGGAACAACAAGCUGAGAAAACCUAACCAACCAAAAUGUUAA